AUGGCGGACUCUCAGCUUGCGAACCUGGAGGCCUUCCUCCUGGGUCAUCCAAGUAUUAAAUACACAGCACCCUCGUCACCGGAGUUCUCCACCGUGUGCAAAGUAUGGAACCUGGCCCGUCCAGACAUCCCGCUUGCUGUCGUCCAUCCUCAGGAUGCAGAGGAUGUGAAGGUUUUAGUACAAUUUGCCAAGUCUAACAAACUCAAAUUCACCAUCCGCGUAGGAGGCCAUAACAUGGAAGGCCGGACCCUCGUGGAUGGCGCCCUUGUUAUCGAUCUUCGGGCGCUUACAGGGGUCAAGGUAGCCGAAGAUCACCAAUCGGCUACAGUGGAGGGAGGAAUCCUUCAGGGGGAGCUCGGAGCAAAACUGUGGGCCGAAGGACUCGCCACGCCCAUGGGGUCAAUACCGUGCGUUGGCUAUGUCGGGUGGGCGAUGUAUGGAGGAUAUGGACCCUUCUCAUCCCACUGGGGGCUGGGGGCUGAUCAGAUCCUUGGCGCAACGAUCGUGAAUCAUAAUGGGGAGAUUAUCAAAGCGGAUGAGAAGCUCCUAAGAGGCAUUCGUGGGGCGGGAGGCGUGUUUGGUGUCAUUGUUGACCUGACUAUCAAGGUGUACCCGCUUAAAAGUCUGCUGGCUGGUGUUAUCCUGUUUAAUUCCCAGGAUAUCGCCAAGGUCUUUGCCGAUUUUAGCACUGGAUACCAAAAGCUAUUAGAAAAUGGCAUUCCCGAGCAGCUAACCAUCCAACAAGCAGUAUUCAACGCGCCUCCUGGACGCGUCUUCGCUGUCAUUAUCACGUGGAGUGGCGAUGACCUCGAAGAGGGCAAGCACUGGAGUAACCAGAUCGCAUCCCUGGGACCACUACUCAUGAGCACAGUCACAGAGACUACAAUCCCUGAGUGGUUCACCGGAAACGCAGCCUUGGUCCCGUCGAGUGUAUACGGAUCCAGUCGCACAGUCAACCUGCACAAGGUCACGCCCGAAGUCGCUGAGGCAAUUGGACGUAACCUAACCACACUGCCAUCUGAUCCAGGCACCAUGAUGUCCAUGCAUCAGCUGAGGGGUCCCUCUGCGGCACCGAAAGACAGCUCUGUAUUUGCUGCCAGAGAGCCGCACUAUAUGGUCGAGAUCCUUGGGUUUGCAACGGUGGAGAAACGCAAGGAGGAGGCUGAGAAAUGGGCAUCUGACGUUGCGGAGGCGAUCUCGAAGACAGAAGCUGGGAAUAUUCUUCCCACUGCCUAUAUCUCUCUCUAUUCUGGUAGUGAGCGUGGGGUUGACCCGCUGAGUCAGUUCUAUGGCUCUCAUGCGGAGGAGAUUGUUUCGUUGAAAAAGGAAUACGACCCUGAGGAUUUGUUUCACUGGACUGUGCCUCAGUUAGAAUAG